AAGACGUGGUGGCUGCGGCGGUGAAGUGAGACAGCUGCCAACAGCUGGCGCAGCUGCUGCGCGCGGGGACUGGCGAGUACGCAGCCCAGGUACUGCCCCUUCCCAGUGACGUCUCUGCAGCGGGUUAUAAAAGCCUCGUGCGCAUCCUGCAGAGGUUGUGCUAACUCCCGAGCUGAGCAGGACCCAAGCUAAGAGGCGCCUGCGACGCUGCAGGCAGCGCGGCGGCAGCGGCUUCUACUAAAGCGAAGAAAAAUCUCCAGCUGAACACGAGGCCCCAGCAUGCCGGUCAUCGAAUCAGAACUUUCAAAGGUAGCGCUGAGACUGGCCCUCCUUGCCUGCUUAAGUCCCUAGGCACCACAAGGCUUUGCCUUUCCCGCCGCAGGAAGGGGAACUGGCAGUUGCAAACACAAGCAGGUGCAGAACGGCGGGUUCUCUUACUUCCCAGACAGGGAACCGGCGGGACUACUGUCCGCCUUUCAGUUUAACGCAGACUACAACGCAGUCUCCAGAUUCUGAACUCAACUGCUUCCAGAAACUGAAACGUGGAGGAAUUCGGAGCUACGAAGGCCGGGCUGACAGAGCAUCUAGAAGGCUUUCUCCUCCGAGAGGCAAGUCUGCUUGCAAAGAGAGUUUCGUCCAGAAAGAGACUUCCUCCUUCCUGUCUAGCUUAAGCAGAAUUCCGAGCCUCAGGUGCCUGCCACAGGGCCUGGCUGUAAAGCCCGUGGUGUGUGUAGAAGGGAGGGCUUCGCCAAACACCUGAGAAAUGGAUAACGUCCUCCCUGUGGACUCAGACCUCUUCCCAAAUAUCUCCACCAACACCUCAGAACCCAAUCAGUUCGUGCAACCAGCCUGGCAAAUUGUCCUGUGGGCAGCUGCCUACACGGUCAUUGUGGUGACCUCUGUGGUAGGAAACGUGGUGGUGAUGUGGAUCAUCUUGGCCCACAAGAGAAUGAGGACAGUGACCAACUAUUUUCUGGUGAACCUGGCCUUUGCAGAGGCCUCCAUGGCUGCAUUCAAUACAGUAGUGAACUUCACCUACGCUGUCCACAACGAGUGGUACUAUGGCCUGUUCUACUGCAAAUUCCACAACUUCUUCCCCAUCGCUGCAGUCUUUGCCAGUAUCUACUCCAUGACAGCCGUGGCCUUCGAUAGGUACAUGGCCAUCAUCCACCCCCUCCAGCCCCGGCUGUCAGCCACAGCCACCAAAGUGGUCAUCUGUGUGAUCUGGGUCCUGGCCCUCCUGCUCGCCUUCCCGCAGGGCUACUACUCGACCACAGAGACCAUGCCUGGCAGAGUCGUGUGCAUGAUCGAGUGGCCCAACCAUCCUGACAAGAUUUACGAGAAAGUGUACCAUGUCUGUGUGACCGUGCUCAUCUACUUCCUCCCCCUGCUGGUGAUCGGCUACGCCUACACAGUCGUGGGGAUCACACUCUGGGCCAGUGAGAUCCCAGGGGACUCCUCUGACCGGUACCACGAGCAAGUGUCUGCCAAGCGCAAGGUGGUGAAGAUGAUGAUCGUUGUGGUGUGCACCUUCGCCAUCUGCUGGCUGCCCUUCCACAUCUUCUUCCUCCUGCCCUACAUCAACCCAGAUCUCUACCUGAAGAAGUUCAUCCAGCAGGUCUACCUGGCCAUCAUGUGGCUGGCCAUGAGCUCCACUAUGUACAAUCCCAUCAUCUACUGCUGCCUCAACGACAGGUUCCGCCUGGGCUUCAAGCAUGCCUUCCGUUGCUGCCCCUUCAUCAGCGCAGGUGACUAUGAAGGCCUUGAGAUGAAAUCCACCCGCUAUCUCCAGACCCAGGGCAGUGUGUACAAAGUCAGCCGCCUGGAGACCACCAUCUCCACAGUGGUGGGAGCCCAUGAGGAGGACCCUGAGGAAGGCCCCAAGGCCACACCUUCGCCCCUGGACCUGACUUCCAAUGGUUCCUCUCGCAGCAACUCCAAGACCAUGACAGAGAGCUCCAGCUUCUACUCCAACAUGCUGUCCUAGGCAGUACCCCCGGCUCCUGUGGGUGUGGCUUUGGUCAGCUCUGGGCUGUUUCAUUCACGCAUGGGUACUUCCUUGAUUUGGAAACCAUCAGAAACACCUGAACAUUGGAACUUUUGGAAGGAUCAGAAUGGUUUAGAAAAAGCAGUCUAUUCUAAAAUCAAUUUGGAUUCAUCCACAGCAUUGCCACCCCCCAUGCUACAUGACCUAGGGCUUGAAUAAGUGAACUUCUAGAAAUCUGUAAAAAAGAAGCUUAAGUAAGACUUUCUCUAUGAUUCAAUCUGUGAUUCUAGAAGUGACUUGCACUGUAUGUGGGUGCUCAUUUAAGGAUGAAUUCUGCAGCACGGUAACAGAGCCAACAGGUCUGUUUGCUUGGAGCCUCUGUCUUAGUAGUCAUUCUCAGACAUCCUCAGAUCAGCUUCCUUCAGCUGGUGGUUCACAUCACUCCAGCCUCCACUUGACAGGGUAAAAGAAUGAGUGUGCUACAUAAAAUCUGCAUGGAAGACCUAACCUCACCCAUGAAAAGAAGACCUGUCUGCCCCUUUUUGAGAUCUCAAUAUUUCCUUCAGUUCGUUUAAACAUGAUGGGAUCGAGAGCCUCAGGCUGUUCUGCAUUGUGUCCCCAGUGGCCACGCUCAGCAAUCAGUACAGGCAGAAUGUGUCUACUGACGCCACCUAAUGUGUAUGUUGACUGAGAGUCAGGAGGCUUAAUCUAUCUGAUCCUCUGUCCUUAUGUAUAAAGCAGCAGGGCGCAACUAAAUCAUCUACAUGUCCCCUAGAAUCUUAAUGCUCUGUGGCUCAGUGAUUGUAUAUAUUUUUAUUUGUUUCAGCAAAAAAUAGUAGUUGUAAAGUAGAAGCAGUGACACCCACCUCCUGGAGAUACAGCAACUGCUAACACAUGUAAAUAGCCAUCUCAGACAUUCUCGCAUUUAUCCUGAAACCCUGAGUGCAUCCCUCCUUCCCAAAGAUCUUGGUCUUUAGCAGAGUAAAGGACUUCAGGAUGAGGCCUGUAUCUCUCUAGCAGGCCUGUGCAGGUGAGCAGCUUGAGAAGAUCGCUGAGGAACAUCAGCAUGUGAGCUUCCUUCUCUGUCCUUUCGGUCCCGUAGGGCAGAGGCACUAACCCAGAUUCUGAUCUGCAUGCUAGCAUCAGGCAUGUGCUCAGAAGCUUGUAGAGUAAGACUGCUACCCCCUACAGCUGAACUUCCAGGAUGAGGCACCUUGUAUCUUCUCUCAGACUCUGAGAAUUCCGUUCAUGUCCCAUAGCUUUGCUGGUCUCCUAUUUAUAGGGAGUACAGUGACCUGACACCCUAAAGCUUUGUUAGUCCACCAAGAGCAUGCACUGAGGAUUUCCUGUCCCAGUACAGCUUUGGCAUCUCCAGCAAGUGAAUACAUAGUUUCUUUCUGUCUCCUAGAUCUGUGUCUUGUCCAGAUGUGGCUGGAAACAAAAACUUAAUAUAGCAUUCAUGAAUGUCCUCCUCAUAGUUUGAAUACAGGAUGCAUCCAAAGCGGGGAGCAAAGCCACCUGUAGAGUUUGCAGCCUUUACCAAUCCAGCUAACACUAAACCUGCAAGGGUAUCACACAUGUACAGGAUGAUGUAUAAAAAUAGUGUAUGCCAGAAAAAAAGCAGGAGGAUCAUUUUCUGCCAAACAGUAUGAUACAUACCACAAACACUAAAGAAAGCCAGACUGAUGCAGAUCUAUGAGUGGGAAACCGCAUUUAAAGGCAACAAAAUUCCAUGACCAGUGUCAGUUGCACUUCCAAUAGAGAACUGUUCCAUAUGCAGAUGUUGAGAAUUGACAUGAUCCUGAGAAGUAUCCAGAAAAGUACACAGAAGUGGAACCAUCCCACCUACAGAGAAGAUGGUUAGAGUUGAAUUCAAUAAAGACUAACUGAGCACCUGCUCCAGACUGAGGCAUGAGCCAGGGACAUGCAGCUCCUGCUGCUGUGGACAAGCUCACAGGACCUGCCACUCCUAACUUACUGAGCCCUGUGAAUCUGUCUGCCUAGCGGGGAUAAAGGCAUCUGAGAAGCAGAUUCUUCCCAGGGUAAUGAAGCCAAAGACUGGAUGUUCUGAGAAUCUUCCCUUUGAGAGUUCUCUGAGACAUUUCAAAGGGAGCCAUCAGUCAGUCCCGUGGACCUAGAGGGAUAUGGCUGGACAGUAUCAUCUCUGUGCAUCAUAACAGGGAGUGUAGGAUGGCUCUAGACAGCUUUGGAUGCAGAAAAAUAUCAGAGAGUACCAGCAAGCCUUCUAUUGUCUCACUCUUCAACAUCCAUUUAAUUUAUGAAAAUGUUGUCAGGUCUCCAUGUGUGAGGAGCACCAUGAUUUGCACUGUG